CCGGGAAAGGUAUGGGAAGUUGCUGUCUGUUUCGUGGAUAUUUUUGUCGUCUGGUUAAAUAAGCACGGGAGAAAGAGUAGCUAAUUGUCAUGGCAUUAAAAUUGCCCAAGUCAAAAGUAAGUCUUUGUUCUAUACGUUCCAAAACACGCUGUUAAACAGUUAUCGAACGUAAAGUUCUUGUUUAUGUCCGAACUUCGAUAUACUUGUAUGCAGUCUUGUGUUUCAUCUGUUUGAUUAGACCUCUGUUUUUAAUUUUUAAAAGUUUUAACCGUGUUAGGCGUUCAAAACUUGUAGAAGAUGACAAGCGAUUAGUCGUGUUUAAUUUCUUGUUAUUUGUGGCUUCAUGCUAAUUUAAAUUACAAUAACUAUAGGUCUAACAAUGAACAUGUACACAAUAUCGUAGAAACUUAAAACACAUGAAUCUCGCAGAAAUCCUUUGGCCAACGCACAGCAAUCGUGCAGUUACUAAAACUAAACUUACUUUACACUUUGGUAGUUUUUUCAUUGCCCUCAUGAAUUCGAUUACGUCGCGAGUUUGCAUAAACUUUCACACGAAAUGAAUUUGUAUUAUCUUUAAACCAUUUGCUCGAAAGGUAAGCUUAAGCUCUGUGGAAUGGUUGUUGAGUUCGUUUCUCUUUAAGCCCUAAUAUUCACAUACAAAUUCCCCAUUCUUAAUUAAAUCAUAUCUGCAGAGAAUGAGAUUAGAGUUUUAAAGGAUCAUAUCAUGUUAAUUCUCAUAACUUAUAUUCCCUUGAUUAUGUGUAUAUUUGCUACUUGUCGUUGUUAGGAGAAAAUCAAUGUUGGUCACUUUUGGGACUCAGUGCAUUAAUUGGAGCAACUAGCUUCAUUGUAUACAUGAAUUGUUAGUUUAAUAUGCUCAUCAUGAAAAAGGUUACAAUCUUGGAGAAGAUUGUUAAGAGAAAUGGAUGUUUCCAUUGCAUGUCCAGGUUCAAGAUAUAAAGCUCUCGAAAGCUCUGGCAACUACAAAUACUCCUCCCUUCCCCCCUACAAAAACAUUGUUAAAGUGUGGCUGGAUCAUUUCUGACCCCGACUAAACAACACUGACCAGGGUGGGGCGAGAUGAGGUGCCAUAGUGGCGCCAAAUCCACGGUUCAGGGGUGGAUCUAGGGGGAGGGUGCAGGGGGUGCACACCCCCCUCCCCCCUGAGAUGACCUGUGGUUUUCUAAUACAACUGGUAUUCUGUAAAAAAAAAAAAAACUAUGUGAUUUAUUGGUGUUGAAGUAGAGCAAGAGACGAGUGCACCCCCUCCUAAAAAAAAAUCCUGGAUCUGCCCCUGCGGUUGGUAAGAAAGUGCAACAUUCUUAACACUUUUUGUCCAAGACUGUAGCUUGCCGCUGAUGUAGGAUAAGGCAAGUGGUAUGUAAUAUACAUACAGGCAACUGCCAAUAAAGGUAAAAAUGAUACUCUAUUUAAGGAUUGAGACUGUCAAAAACCAAUUACAAACCCUACUGGGCACAUGUAGACAUACCUAUCUAGUCCAUAUAGGGGAGUAUCCCCCCCCCCUCUCGGUCUACUGCCAACUUAAAGGGCCUUCCAAUGCACUCUGUUAAGAUUUUAGGAAGUUAAGUCACCGCUGCUUAUUCCGUUAUUGACAGCUGCUUAUGAAAAAAAUUAUUGAAAACCCUGCUAUGACUUUAAUAAGUUUUUUUCCCUCUUUCAUUUUAGGUAGAACUUCAUGUACACCUUGAUGGCGCUCUAAGAAUACAGACAAUCAUUGACUUAGCGAAGUAUGAAAGUGUAUACAAAUUAAUGUACCCCUAAUUAGCCAAAGAUUAAGGUUUUUGUGGUAGUAUUCUUCAUAUUGUGGACCAUAUUUUCCACUUCUCAAGGCAAAAAAACUGAGAGCUAAGAAACAAAGACGGAUUUGUACCCUAAAGUCGUGUAAUUUAUAGUAUUGGCUAAGGGAGUGAGACUUGUAAAAUGUUCUUUUUUUAAAAUUGUGGCUUUCUUUCCAAUGUGAACCAAGGCAAACUAGGCUAUUGCAGGUCUUAAAAACCCUUCUUUUAGCUUUCUACCCUCCCUUUCAUACAAAGUUUAUUUAAUUUCUUGAAAACCAUGCAUUUCUAAGUCUGUGCAUUAAACACGAUUUCAGGCUUGUUUUAUUCUGAAACGUCCUAUAAAUAUUAAGACUUAAGGCUGAAAAUUAUUAUGCUUUCUUUUUCAGGGAAAAGCAAAUAUCUCUACCUUCUUAUGAUGAGAAUGGCCUUAGACAGUAUGUGUCUGUCAGUUUGGAUAAACCAUCCUCUCUUCGAGGCUUUCUAAGCUGUUUCCGUGUCUUUGUACCCGUGAUAAUGUAAGUAUACUAAUUUUCAACUGAAACACAGAAGAUCCAUGGUGAACACAUCAAAUAAUGGUGUUCCACCAUAAAUUCUUCUUAACUGAAUCGUUAAAGUAAUUAAAUGAUAGUAUUGUUCUUAAGUGACAAGUUGCCAUGGCAGCAGUGUAACCUGUUAAAAGUUCUGUGAUUUUUUUAUUUCCUUCCCUGGUUAUUUCAACUUUUGGCACACUGAGGGGAAUAUAGAGAGAAUCAACUGAGGCCGGUACUAGGUUUGCUCCAAAUUUUAUGAUAAAAUAUGCAUUCCUCGAACUGUUAUAUGAACCUGGUUUCAAGAGUUUUCCUACAUUAAAACUUUAGAACUCACGAGUUGGUCAAGGUCAUAUUUCUCAAGCAAUAUAUCUCUGAUAUCUCUUUAUAUCAAGCACCGUAACAAAGGGAAGGUGGGGCAUUAAUUUGUAAACACCCCAAUUAGCACUGCAGCAGUUAUUUGAGAUCUGCGCUUAUGAAAUUAUGUUCUGUAAAGGGUGGCGUUUAUUCGAGGGUGGUGGUUAUUCGAGUAGGGCCUGCUUAAUUGAUCAUGUUUGGUAGUUUUGGAUGCAUUGUCAAUGGGAUAUUUUAGAGUUCCAAAAACCCUCACUUUCAAAACAAAGCUAAGUAAGAAACCUUUCUUGUGAUAACGAGUUUCAUCUGAGUGCAUGGGAAUAAAAAAAUCAUAUCAAUGGCUUUCACUUAGCCUUGCUUUGAAAAAAGGCCUUGGGUAACUUGAAAAUGACCUAUUGACGGUCCCUUUUAACAAGUAUAUCCGUAAUUGCGGGCGACAAGAGGAGCCCGCAAUCUAAUCUCCAGGUUGUUAUUACACGUGCGUCACAUGUAUGUAGCCAGCAUUCGUUUGGACUAAGAGUGAAUGGAAUGCACAGAACGCAGUUUGAUCAUGCGCUUUUGGACCUCUUAUCACUCGAAAUCUGAUCACGCGAAUUUGAUCACGCGUGUUUUGACCAUCUGUCACGUGAAACUUUUGAUCUUCGAUCGUUGUCGCCCGCACUCCGUAACCUUUGGUUAUCAUCAUCAUCAUCAUUAUUUAUUAGCCUUUUUGUUACAGCAAAUUUUACAGGAUACAGCAGGUUGUAAGGCGAGGAGACCUCAAGAAACCACCAGGCUUAUAUAGAGAGGCCACCUCGACAUCACAAUAUUAUAAGAAAUAAGGGCUGCGAAGAAGUGCGGCUAAACUAAUUCAGUAACUAUUUUGAUAAAAACUCUAGCACUAAGGCGGAGCACUUAAAGAUGCGUCCGCACGGCUUCGCGUUAUUACUAGCAAUUAUGUGAUAUUACCUUGAUAUGAUUUUAGAGAUGAUGUUGUUGCACUUGAAAGAAUAGCGCAUGAAUUCUGUGAAGACCAAGCAUCAAGCGGUGUACUGUACUGUGAAGUGCGGUACUGCCCGCAUCUUCUGUGCACAGCGCAUAAUUGUAUGAUGAAUGGGAGACCAGAUGAUGAAGAUAAUGAGGUCCCUAAUAUGCUGCUUAAGAAGGGAGUUUCUCCACGAGAUGUAGUGCAAGCUGUUUGCAGAGGACUGCACAGAGGAGAGAGGGACUUUGGUGUCAAAGUCAGGUCCAUACUUUGCUGCAUGAGACCGGAGCCUGGUAAUAAUAUGUUUACCUUCUAUCGGCCACUGUGGGUGGAAAAGCGUUAUGAUUGGUCGAUGGUAUUCAAGGCAACCAUGAACCAAUCAUAAGUAACUCUUGUCCAUCCAAACGGUCCCAAAAUCGUUGCACCGCAAAGAGCUUGAGCCCAUUCCCCUUAUAGCUUCUGGAGUGUUGGUCUGUUCUGUGAGUCUGUAUUGUGUCGAAAUGCGCUAUGGGACUCUUUUGGGAGCGUGUUUGACCGACUUUCCCUUGUGAUUCUGUAAUAGCUAAAAAAAAGACGUCAGGGUCCUAAAAACUGUCUCAUACUGCAUUUUGACUCAACAUGUAUCUAUCCCCCAUUUUUCCGUAGGAUCGUCCAGAUUGAGCGCUUUGCGUUACGGGUAGCCACCUUGGAUGGGUGUCAAAACUACUUGGGUGGGGGGACAGUUUGGGACGAAGCUAGAAAGAUCUAUUUUUUUAACCUCCCUGCCCCACCGCUUUAAACCCCGACGCCCUCCCCCUCGAUACAUAUGACACCAAGAUGGCCGCCAGUAACGGUAAGUCUUUGUAUCCAGCCUUAUGGGCAACUUACAUUGUACGCGCAAAUUGUCCAGUAUCCUAGUACAGUCGACCAUCCAUGUGCGACCACUUGUCCCAAGCGACCAUGAUCCAAAACACCAUUUUUUUCAGUCAAAGCUUUACAGCUGGAACCUCUCGUAAACGACCACCUUCCGAAAGUGACCUCAACCUCGACCACGACCUUGUACUGUCCUGAAAAACUCAAAAACUAGCGCCUGUUUCUGGGGGCUAACGGGCCCAAGUUCUACGGCAAAAGGGCCGACUUGUUUUCAUUGUUCAUCCAAAAUAUUUAUUUCUCCGUCUCCGAUUAGCUGGUAUUUUGUGGCUAAUUGCUAUUUCGAUCUAACGCUGGCCCAGCGCCAAUAGUCUUAUGAAAAAAAUGAAAAUAGGGGUCAUGUGUGACGCCGCGGCAAAUAGAGGACAGUUGAGAAUAGUAGCAGAAUUAUAAAUGUCGGUUUCUGUUGUUUAUUAAUUUUCAAUGCUUGAAAUCCUCUUUUUAGGGUGGUCAUUAGAAAUUCUUUCCUUGUGCAAAGAAUUUUCAAGCGAUGGUGUCGUAGGAAUUGACUUGGCCGGAGACGAAAUACUAGGAGAGAUUCCAGCGAUGAAAGGACAUAUUAAUGCUUUUAAGGUGUGUUGUAAGUUAAAGCCCUGUAUAUACCUUUUACGACGCAUGGUUGCUAUUGCCCACAGUGAGAAGUACAUACCCUCCAAUACGCUGGUUCAGCAUUGCCAGAUAGUGUUAUUUGGAAAGACUAGGGGCCCAUAAGGGUGGUGCUACACGAUUGGCAACGACGAUUUUAGCGCAAUCAACCAAUCAAUUUAGUAACGUCAAUACGUGGGAUGGGGUUGCCCCGAUCAUCUGAGCCAGAGGCUCAUGUAUAAAACGCAUGACGAUGUUUCGUUAAAAGUUGAUGCCGUGUAACGUGGAUACACGAAUUAAUUAUUAACACUCGCCCAUGGUCAUAGGGAAUUGUGACAUAUGUUGUGUAAUAUUUUCAUGUAGGAAGCUAGACAGCUGAAAAUUCACAGGACAGUCCACGCGGGGGAAGCUGCCCCAGCUGCUAGCGUCAAAGAGGUAAGACACUACAGAAAGUUCCUAGGCCUACAGUUACAAUUUUAUGCAAAUACAAAACGAAAAAGGCCACUAGACCUCUUGAAAUCCUUUGCAGCUUGGUGUCACCUAUCUAUCUCAUGAAAAAUUAUCUGACAGAGCGAUUUUCGUAUGACCUUGAAAUGAAAACGCGCGAACAAAAUAGAAACAACAAACCAACGGAAAGAGAGCGAUUAGCCUGUUCCAAGCGUUCAGAUAGUGGAGAGCGGUGCGAAGUAAAGAAAGCGAUGAAAAGUAGAGGGGGACUCUCCCCCUCCCUCGCUUUUAUUUUUUCGCGCUCCUUUUUACUUCGCACCGCUCCCCACCAUCUGAACGCCUGGAACAGGCUAGAGAGCGAUUUGAUUGGUUUAUCGAACGGAUACAAACGCGCGUGGCUUUUGAUUGGUUAAGAGAAUGCUUGGGUAAAAAAACUUCAUCCCGAGAACUUUCUAGAAAUCUCACGAUAAUUCGCUUUGACGUCAUACUGCAACACGCUUGGCCAAUCGAACAAAGCCCUCUCCAUAUUAGGUUUUUUUUUGGGCGGGAAAACGAAGAGUGCAUGUUUUGAUCUUUUCAUCCAUUGGCUAAUAAAACAAAUAACGAACACUUUCUCAUACGAAAAUCGCUCUGACACCCUAAAAAUGCUAGCUUUUGAGGCCUCGUCCACACAAAUCCGGAAAUUUUUUAAACCGUGUAUUUUUUAACCCGGAUAAUACUUGGGUACGGGUUUUUUAACCACUUCGGAGAGCGGUUUCAAAAAGAUGCGGUUUUGGUGAGUGGAUUCACUGCUUUCGUAUGGACGGAGCGCCGAUUCGUUAAAAGAAAAAAAGUGCGGAUUCGUGUGGACGUGGCUUGGAACAAUGCGAUUUUUUGCUGGUUUAAAUGAAGGAGAAAACAUAUACGUGGUACGAUAUGUGGUAAUGGAAAAAGUGGCUGGAUCCGCGCCUUGUGAUCAAGUCAAUUUUUCCAUAUACAGACAUAUAUCCCAACAUCCAUAGAAUCUCUUAUAGACUUUCUAAGAGUCCUUUAUUUUUUUUCCUGGUUGGUUAUGCCAUUUUAAAGGACUUUUCAUACCUGUUUAGCGCGAAAUUCACAGGUCGAAAAUUCUACCGGUGACGUCAUGACUAUUGACCAAUAGGACAGUGGGUGAUAUUUCACGCCGCUCCCAACAAAGUAUGCACUGAAGCUCGCUUCCAGUCACUCACUUUUAAGAACGUAUUAGAGGUCGGGCUUGUAGCAAGUCUAAAACUCUUAGUCUUAUGACGCCUCAGUCAAAGAGUUAUUACAUCUUGCAUCAAAAUCGCAUUUUGCGUCAACAUUUCUACGUUUUGUACAGGUUAGUUCAUUUCGUGGCGAAAAACGUUAUUCUUGCUUUUGAAUAUUAUCUGGACGAAAUGAGUGACCUGCAACUGGGCGGUAAUGCGCGCUUAAUGCGGCUUUAUCUGUUUUUAGCUUCUAACAGUUGCUGUGUUCUUUACUUUUUUUUCCUUUUUCUUCUAAGGCGUUAAAUAUUCUUCAUGCGGAGAGAAUAGGCCAUGGGUACCAUGUUUUAGAAGAUGACAUGCUUUACAGAAGAAUAAUCGAUGAAAACAUUCAUUUAGAGGUAAGUUAGCAAUUGACAGUGUGCCAUCCUGAAAGCUCGUCCGUACCUUAUAUAGCGAUGAUGUCUGAAAGAACGCGAACUUUUCGUCUUUUCACCGCCCCAGCCGUCGCGGUAAAUUUAUUUUAAACUCCCUAUCAACGCUGGUGACGGCAACGAGAACGGAAAUAAAAGCAAAAUGUCUAGCCUCAGCAAAACGACAAAGUUUCACACGCUUCACGCCUGAAGAUGGAAAAUCAAAGUUUGGGUUUUUUAAACUUGAACUACAACAACGCUUUGAAGUCUUUUUUCCGAGUGAUACUUUCAUGGGCAUUAAGAAGUAAUGUCUUCGCUAACUUUGAGUUUUAUAGUGAGUAAUUGGGUGAUCUCUGUCUUUCUGAUUGACAGGCCUGUCCAACCUCCAGUAUAUUGACUGGUGCGGUCAAACCUUGCUUCAGUACACACCCUUUAAGAAGGUACGCAUUUAGAGGUUGGAGAAAAUGAGGGGUGGGGGCGGGGAGGGAGGAGAUGAGGGGAAGUGGAGUGCAUAUCAUCUUCUCUAUACAGGGAUCUAUUAUCUCAAGACUAGGACAAAAAUUAUAGGCGAGAAGGGAAAUAGUCGAGUCCAUGCGCAUUCUUAUCUAGAGAGGGAAACAGGGUCAUCAUUUGAGAUACACAGUGCUGUGAUCUAAGGAAAACAUAUGUUCCGAUUCUCCCUUUUUUGUAACUCCAGGGCUUACGAUCCGUUUAAAACCUAAUUUUAGGAGUCGAACAGCAAAAGCGAAUGAACUGAACCAACCAGAAAGCUUAGGAACAAGCAUUGCAUCUUCUGCUUCUGCAUGCCACCCCGAUAAUCUGAUUUUCACACAGAUCGUAAGUUACGGAUCGAGUCGUAAGAAAUCGGAAACGUUCGGAUUCCGAUUCCUUCGAGCUUUCGACUGGACUUACAACUCCGAGGUUUGAUUUUCAAUAGGUUUUAGGGGCUCUUACGACUCCGUUUCCAUUGUAAGUGAAAGCCAGCCUAUUCCCCUAAACGUGCAACCUUGCACCACGAUUCGGCUGUAAACCUGCUGAGGGUUACGUUGCUGGAGUACUGAUAUUAGACAGCUUUAGAUUUGGGGACGAGAACGAGAGUACGAGUACAAGAUUUAACUUAAAGUUUUUGCGGGUGUUCUAAAAAAAACUACACCCUGGAAAGCUUUAUUUUACCUUUUUUCACCUAAAAAGUUAGUACGGUUAUUUACACUGAAGAAGGUUAAGCCCUCUCCCGAAACCAAAAUGAUAAAACUUCUUACAUUUCAUAACUUAUUCCCACCACUACGACAUUCUCGCUGAGACUCGUAGUAGAACGACGACGGCUAUCACGUUUUCCCGCCAAAAUGACGCUGUUUCACGCGCGAGCAAUACUCAGUAUUGAGAAAAUCUCGUACUCGUAGUCGCCUUCGUCUCAGAAUCUAAAGCUCUCUAUUAUUCCAUACGAUUCGACUUUAAGUGCGUUUCCUUACAGUGUUACUCGCCAUAAAUUGUGGUUUUGUUUACUGUGGGAAGUUAAUUGUACUUUCCCAUUCCACAAACUGCAUGAGGAAUGGGUACAAGCUUUCGUUGUAACGGUUUCUGAUUGGUUCAUGGUCGCCUUGAAUACCAUCGACCAAUCAUAAUGCUUGUCCACCCCAAAUUAUCCCAGAAAUCACUGCAACCAAUGCUUAUACCCAGUCUCCCUAGAGUCUAAGAAACGAGGGAGAAACUGGGUCAAGUUUACUUUCGCAAAGACUUCUGGGACUAAAACAAAACUGAAUGCAGGGCUGGCACUUCGGCAAAGGGCUGAUUUAUUGUAGGCCAAUAUUUCGGCUAACAAAAUUAGCCUUCCUCAAGGCCAGAGCUGUACCGAGAGAAAAUAUCUUUUAACGACUCCUAAAAUUUGAAUUUAAAAUCGUAGUUAGUAAUUGUCGUUUUUUAUGCCAUGAAUAUCUCACUCAUUUUGUUUGUGUUUUUGAAGGUUCGCACAAGACAGGGUGAACUUUUCUCUUAAUUCAGACGAUCCUCUUGUAUGCCAUACCACUAAAGAUCUUGAGGAAAAGAUUGCUAUUAAUAAAAUUGGACUGAGUCCUGCAGAAAUAACACGCGCGGUAAGUCUUGCUUUAUUUUGCUGUUUAACAAACAUUUUGCAAAAUUGGACGUUUCUAAAAGAACUAUAAUGAGUUCAGGAUACGUUGAAUUUUAAAUCUUAGUUUUGGCUCGUUUGUUGAAGGCACUGUUGCCUUCUAGGCCAAAUAAAACUUAAUUAUUAACACAUUGGACUAGAACGCGCAAUACCAUUUCAACUAGAGGAUGGUACUGGUCAGUGGCGGGUCCUGGCCUUCAGAUAAGGGGGGCCGUCACCCAGACCCUGUGAUAGGGGGUGGGGGGAGCGGUCUUCAAAAAUUUUUUUUUUCGACCCUUCGGGCCUCAGUUUGGUCCAAAAAUAAGGGGGAUCCGGGCCCCCCGGUCCCCUCCCCUGGAUCCGUCACUACUGGCAAAGAGAGUUACAACUGACUUUUUUUGGAUAAUAAACGUGUAUCCACACUUGGUGCACGAGCGCUAGUGCCUGGGUACCGGCACAAAAUGGUGUUGUGUUCACACCUUGAUUACCUGAUUGUGUACAUUAUUUGCUUCAUUUUGCCUGAGUUUUCCUCAGUCGUCUCUAUCUACAUUUGGAUGCAGGAACGGAACGCGUUCCUGCAUGCUUCGGAACGGAACGCGUUCCGACGCGUUCCCUCGCGUGUGCCCGAGGGGUGAUCAUGGUGAACUAAAGGGAGAGACUCCCAUCACCCCUCGCGCUCUUGACCUUGUUCCUCUCGUAAAUAUUGAUAUAGACUGUUUACAGAUCCCUAUUUUUUUUCGUAAGAUCGUCACGAUCGAGCUCCUACCGGUACGGGCGGCCAUCUUGGUUUCAUAUCGAUUUGACACUCAUCCAAGACGGCCGACAGCAAAACAAAAAGCCUUUGAUCUCGAUGAUCUUACGGAAAAAUAGGGGACUGUGAACAGUCUAAUAUUGAUAGGAGACUAAGAGAAGACUGGGAAUGAGUCAGUCAUUUCGCGCUGUCAGACGCCAUUUUGAAACGUGAGCGUGACAGGAAGCGAUGGGUAUACAAAGCCCAACAUUUUAGUGUUAGCGGUACAAAAAAUCGAAUAUUAAAUACAAUAAAUUUUGCCCAUUCAGAUCAAUGCGCAGCCUUUAAGGGAAAUAGUUCACCCAAACUUAAGGCGAAGGAAAAAAAAGGAGCGAAACUGUCCUCCCCUUUUAACCUAAAUAUCCCCACGCAUGCGAGGCGUAAGGUGUUGCUUAAUGCAAGACCGUCUUAUGCGGGGGUCUCAGCAGCUGAUCAUAUCCUAGCUUAAGUUCCAGAAUAUUAAUACAUGGGUACUCACUUCUGCAGGCGCUAGUCAAAUUUAAUCAGAGGGUGCCUUAGAAGUUAUUUUUCUUUCUAUAUUUUUUCAGACAUUUAACGCUGCAAGGGCCUCCUUUCUUCCCGAGAAUGAAAAACAAGAACUUAUCGACCAACUCAAAUUAGUACACGGAAUUCAGUAACUGUUUUAUAGAAUCUAGGUGGUGUAAAAUGGUAUAAUUUUUUCCGCGAUAACUAGCGAGCGAAAGAGGCGAACAUCCUCAUAAAUCGCCUUCCGCGAUGGCAAAAUAUUGUACCGGUCAUUGAAAAGAAACUAAAGUUCCUGCUGAUCUCAAAAAUACUGGUGACAAUCAGAGAAAGAUUAGGGAGGGUGGAAAGUUCGAUCUGUGGGGCUUUCGUCGACAACUUACUCUGUUCAGCGCGGUCAAACAAGAGAAUUAAUUUUGCAAAAGGAAAGCAAAUUACUUUAAUGCUAAGGUUACAAGUUAAUUACACUAUUCGAAGUAUAAAAUAUAUUGAAUACGCUGUUAAUUUACUGAAUGGUCAAUGAAAUCCCAGUAAGUCCCACUUUGACCUUGAUGGACCUUCCCUUCCCCUCUUUCCGCCUUCCAUAUGAUUCCGGUUCCGCCUACAACAUGUCCCACGGAUUCGCGCACGGUAAUACUAAAGGUUUCGUGUAUUAUAUCUCAAAAGAGCGCGUGAGCGUGAGCGUUAUGGUAAUCAUAAAGCGCGAGUAUUUCUUUGAAAAUUUUAUAAUGUAAUAGUUUCAAAUUGUGUCAGAUUGGAGAAGGACUGUUUCAUGUAUACUAUCCAGCUAAUGGGGUUUUCGUUUUUUUAACAAAAAAGUCAAAAGAAAUUUUCGCCACAGUAUAAACUGAC